UGAGUAGGAGAGAGAGAGAGAGAGAGAGAAGGAAGCUUUGCUGAAUGGGGAAAACAAGAGGAAUAGCUCAGUUUUAGGAUGCUGCUUGCUCAAAAUUGGCAUUUCUGCUACCGAUUUGUUUUCCCUUCUUGACUUCUGGAGCCAUAUUUUCCCUUGACAAUGAUGAUUUUAAGUUUCCAACAUUACUGAUAGAUGCACUGAAUUUAGAACACAUUUCAACUCAGAAGAGAUGUUGCUGGAUGUUUCCUAAUCAGUUCUUCUUGGGUCAAAGAUGGGGAUUCAAGGAACAUCUCUUAAACAGCAAAAGACAUGCGUCAAAGACUGAGUAUGGGCAAAACAAUAUAAGAAUCUUUAAGGUCAACACUCAGAUUAACCAUGAAAAUGGAGUAAAUCUCCUUCAUCUGCCAAGAUAUUUAGGCGUGACUCAGUGGUCCUGGGAUCAUAACACCCCACAGUACUUAUCUUCAGAGGUUAACUUGAAACAGACUUUCCCAUCAGUGCUUGGUCUCUUUAAUCUGCAUUGCAUUCCAACGUGCCCUUCGCCUCCCAUCAUGCCAACCUUACCUGAAGAUGUCAGACAGCCAACCGAGACACAACAUGCAAAUUUGCCUUCUCUUGUCAAAGAGUCCUCUGCUGAUGCAGCUACAUGCAACACACCUUCAGUAAUUCUUACGGCGUAUGCCGUUGGACCAGUUACAGAAAGAGAGGCAAACGUAGCUCUCAGGUCUGUUAGCCCUCAUCUGCGGCAUUCUAACAGAAAUGCUAGAAAAUCAGCAAGCUCUUUGACUUCUAUAGAUAAUGAAGGUCAUGUAAUUGACCUCCUGAAUGACCAACUGCCAGAUAUACAAAUAUCUGAUGAAGAUAAAAAGAAGAACAUUGAACUUUUAGAAGAAGCAAAGAAGGUGAGUGAGCGGUUCCUCACACGUAGAGGAAGAAAAUCAAGAAGCAGCCUUUCAGAAUCACCCACAGCUUUAUCCCCAUCACUAAGCCCCUGUGUUUCACCUGCUUUGUCUCGGAGCAACUCGUUGACUCUUCCAAAUCCAACAGAUUCUGAUACAUGCACAUCCAUUGUUGAGCCAGUGUCUCCAUUGCAGAAUCCCACAAAAGGACUAUCUAAUCGAAAGGAGAAUGAUCAGAGAACAGCUUCUCAGGGAACCGUGGUUCCUCACACAGUUGGUUUGGAAAGUCCAAAGGAGAAGCUAUUGGAGCAAAAGGAGAACUUUGAUCCACAUAAACACACGGAUAACCUGUCCCAAUUCUGCACUUCAGAUUCUAACACUGGCAAAAUAUCUCUAAGUAGCAAGAACUUCUGUCAAAAUGAAUUAGGGAAAGAAUUCCCUAAAAAUAAUAAAGGACAUGACUCUCCUUUCAAAGGUCAUUUACAGGGGCCAGGAAUGAUUACUCUGGGCACAAAGUUAAAAGGCUCAGCACCACUACUGAAUGAUUCCAAAGUUUCUUGCAAAACUGAACUUAAUACAUCCAGUAACUGCUCUGCUUUACUACAAGUGAUGUCAUGGGAUCAUGCAGAACUAUGUAACAUGGAAAAAGCACCUUUCAGACCAUCUGAAAACUGUGACAUGAGUAAUCAGUCUGGUAAUAUACCAGCUAAGCUUCCACCAUUCAAAGACCUUCAGAUACAAGUUCAGCCAGUUCGAAUGCAGAAACUGACGAAGCUCAGAGAGGAGCACAUAUUGAUGCGAAAUCAAAAUUUAGUUGGACUUAAACUUCCUGAUCUCAGUGAAGCUGCUGAACAGGAAAGAGGGUGUUCACCAAUCCCUUUCUCAAUGGAGGAGGAGGAGUCAAAGAAUAGAUGUGAUGUCAUGCCCAACAUUCCUGACACUCUUUUACGAAAACUUCGUGUACAUUCACCACUUUCAGGAAGCUCUCCUCCACUUACCGAAAGAGAGGUUGAGAAUGUAUUUGUACAACUUUCAUUGGCAUUCAGAAAUGAUAGCUAUACUUUAGAAUCAAGAAUUAACCAGGCUGAAAGGGAGAGAAAUCUUGCUGAAGAAAAUACAGAGAAGGAAUUGGACAACUUUAAGGGAGCAGUUAAGUCUUCAGCUUCUUUGUGGCAUCACUCUGAACACAGAGAUAUGUACCAAAAGUUGUUAGAAGACAUUGCUGUGCUUCAUCGUUUGGCUUCAAGACUGUCCAGUCGGGCUGAAAUGGUUGGAGCUGUUCGUCAGGAGAAACGUAUGUCAAAGGCCACUGAAGUUAUGAUGCAAUAUGUAGAGAAUUUAAAAAGAACAUAUGAAAAGGAUCAUGCUGAGCUCAUGGAGUAUAAGAAACUUGCUAAUCAGAAUUCUAGCAGAAGCUAUGGUUCUCCAGAUGAUGCUGUGCCCCGUACAUCUCGAUCCAUGUCUCUUUCUAUUGGAAAGAUGCCUCGAAGGAGAGUCAGUGUUGCUGUUGUUUCAAAAUUUGACCUCCCUGGCCAGUCACCUAGCCAAUCUCCCGUACCUUUGGUAUCAUCUUCCCUGUCUGAAUCAUCAAAUGGAAGAAGCAAUCUGACAUCAACUCCAGUCUUACCUGUAGUUAUAGAGAAUGGAAAACCAAAUGGUGACCCGGAUUGCGAACACCCUCCUUCAGCAUCAACAGAAGGUGGUUUGGAAGAGAUCAGCCCAGAGGCAAAAGCUAAAAUAGAAGAGGAGGCUUAUAACAAAGGCUAUCAAGAAGGCCUAAAGAAAACCAAGGAAAGUGAAGAGCUGAAAGAAGAGAAAGAAGAGAAAAUGCAUGAAAAGCCCAAGGGAUUUUUGGCCAUGGAAACCGAUGAUAAGAUUAGCAAGCCACAGAGCAAACUUGAAGUUGUUAUCCAUUACGUACAGAUACUGUAUCCCAAACUGCAUAAACACUGGAACGUGCUCUGGAUUGUAGCAGCCAUUAUUAUAAUUUUUGCUGUAGUGCUGGGGACCUCCAGUUUAUACAAUUACUUCUUCUCCUAUACGGAGGGAUCAGAUGCACCCCAAGUGAAACCUGCCUGUUCUGCUGCCCAUCAGUAUUCUUGGGGGAAUUCAGGACUACAACAUGACCAGUGCACAGAGUAACAAAAUCAUGCCUGGGGGGAAAAGCCAAUGACAAGACACCAGGAAGCACCCAUUUUGAAACUUGAAAUGAACAAAGCAGAGUACUGUCAGAGUACGUGGUGGUUAAAUGUAGUCAGUAACCCACUGCUUCGUUUCUUUUAUGUCACCAGUUUUGUGAAUGCAUUGUGGUUUUUAAUUAACCAGAUACACCAGCCAAUAAAUCUGUUUUCUCUGUUAUGGUAAUUGUUAUUUGAUUGAUGUGCCUCAGUAUCAGAAUAAUUAUAUGGGAAAUACAAAGAUAGAGAAGGGAUAGAGAAGUUCAUCAGUGGAAUAUAAAUUCCACUCCUAAAGAAUGUCACAACAGCCUUCGUGCUAUAUAAAUGUCAGCAUUAAUUCUUCGUAUAAAUUUCAGUUUGGCACUGUUCAAUAACAUCCUAGAGAACUGCAUUUGACUUCACAAUUACAGAGAUGAGCUAAUGGUAAAACUGCAAAAUACUGAUAUGUUGGUUACAGAUUCCAUACUUAUGAGACAAGUCCCUUGCUACCUUCACCACAAAAAGAGGUGGAAUGCAGGCUGGAGGCAUGUGUUUUUGUUAAUUACGUUUUUUUUAAGGUGAAACUUUACAAGAACUACAUAUAUAAAGUUCUACCAUGUUCCAGUAAGAUGAGAUAGUAUUGUAGUAAUGGUUAGGUUCACAGAUCAUACUAAGCCAUAUUUAUUUUAUUAUACUUUAUUGAAUAAACCAUAGUCAGCUGGAUUUGCACACUGCUGCCCAAAAGUGGUCUUCUAAUCACAGUAGCUAGAUUUGCACAAUAUGCUAAGAUGAAAGCAAACCAAUUUUUUCUUAGAGCAUUUGUGAGCCCAGUCAAUGUGCUGCAUGUAUCACAGUGGGUAGAACAAUUGCCUUAUAAGUAGAGCAACCGUGAAGAACUGUAUUUCACAGGAAGGGUGAGGGUGAGCCAGGCAAGUAUGUGUGAGCUUGAAAUGACAAAUUGGGGCAUCCUUACAAAGUACUAAUCAAUUGAAUAAAGGACUUAAGAUUUCCUUCCCCUAUUUUUGUUCCUUCAGAACAACAGAGUAGCAGCUAAGAUCUUAAACCCAAACUAAAGUAGCUUAAGAGAUAGUGUUUGUCAGAAAGCAUGUGAAAAUUUGUAUUAUCUUCAUUCUCUUUAUUCUGAUGAACCUGUUUGUCCAAGGUCUUUUUCCCACAAAAAACUAAGCCAUGAUUUGAUUUGGCUCUGGCUUAGUAUGAUCAAUGAACCCUCCUAUUAUGGCUUAUUGUUAUAUACACAUCAGGCUGAGGUUUGUUUCUGAUUUUUUAAAAAUCACGAUUAUAUGUGAAAAUGCUGUUAGCACCUUAACAGCAGAACUCUUUCACAUUCUGUAGCAAACAUUAAAAUAUACAAUUAAAUCUAAAUGUUUGGAAUGAAAGAAAGCUUCUUAGUAAGUUGGCAGGAGAUGCUGUGUGGUCCUUGUCCUCCUUGGAAUCAGAAUAGAGGGGUUUUGUUCCUGAAGGUAUAAAUAGAUUUCCUGACACAAUUCAAGUUAGGAGAUAACAAACUGCAAGCAUAAGCUCACAUAAAUAAAAGUCAACCGGAUAGCAGGACUUGCUUCCAAAUAGAACUGCUUAAGAUCAGGGUGAAAGAAAGGCUGCAGUUCAGGCAUUCCUUUCUGGUUCAUUUCAGCUACCAGAAUGCAGACAGCCCCAGAAUAUAUUUUUACUAUUCAUAGUUAUUACUUGGCAAAUGCGUGAUGUAUGCUGAGAUCACACUGCAUUAGCCCUUCUCGCAAAUUUAUUUGGCAUUCUUUGGUGUUUGAAAGGGACUGACAAACACACACAAGAUAUGAACUUUUCCUUGAAGUGUAUAUGUGAGUGAAGUUCUGUUCUACCUCAGGGUGAGUGACCUGUGGUCCAAGGCUAGUAUGCAGCUUGCAAUCCCCAGAAUCCCCCAGAUGGUGCCACCAAUCCAGAAUGAAGAAAACAGGCAAGUUCUAGCAGCAGGGGUGGGGGGGCUUGUUUUGCCCCCAAAGCUGCUAAAUGGGUAUGUCAAACCUCUAUAAGGCCUAAAGUAUUUAUUUUGUACCAUCAAAUUUUCCAAAUUUGAAAAAACGGGCAGCAAAUGUUUGGCCCUGUUACCCCCAAUAUCAUCAGAAUAUUCCUUCAGGCUGAAGCACAUCACAAAGUACAGAUCAUAUCUGGGAGAAAAAUCUCCCAUUCUGUUCUGCACCUUGAGAAGUACACAGAGGCAGAGCCUAUGGUGAAAUUUUGCCCCAGAUCAGCUGUCAGCUGUCUUUCAAUGUAAUAAGGAGGAAAUAGAUGUGAAAUUGUUUGAAAUAGAAGCUUUUCCCAGGGAUAAUUUGCAUGUUUUAUGUUAAGUAGUUUUGAGUACCUAGAGGUUAAUAAGUGAAGUGGCUACCACUGAUGCUCAACACAACUUUGUAUAUAUUUUGGUGUUACCAACAAUGGCAUUCCACUGUGGAAUUAUCUCCUUUCUCUUCUCAAUCUGGGUAGCAAACUUCAUGAUACAAGGCAUUGGAGCAAUCCCUAAAUGCUAUGGGUAAAUAAAAUAGUGGUAUCAAGCAUGUUCAGUAAGGCUAGUGAGAAUGUGUAUAAUUUGCUGUCAAACUGGAAGGGGGAAUGAAAGAGGCUAAGGAAUUAGAUCAACUGCUGUAUUACUCAAUUAAGUAACUUCGCUAAUAAGAAAGUUACAAUUCAGUUUUCAUUCCAGUGUAAGAAAAAAAGUCUUGAAAUGCUUCAUACACAAAAUGUUUAGCAUACUUACUCUUAUAUUCAAUGAAGAAAUUAGGAAUUAAUGGCCUAAUUAAAAACUCGAAGCAAUGUUGAACAAUUAAUUCAUCCUAGAGAGUGGAAUAUUAUAUGUAAGGUGAAUGACUGUCUUUACAAAGCAAAGUACUGAGAUAAACAGUUUUUCUUCAGCUAUAUCCAAACCAUUACUUUUUCAUUAAUAUGAUUUGAAGUCACCUAUAAUUAUAAGGUGUAAUAAUGGCUCACUAAUGGUUAUUGGCAGAUUGAGAUACAAAUCAAUAACCAUCUUUUCUCAAGAAUAUUUUCAAAAACUAGAGCCUUUGUUUCAUUACAGUUACAGAACAUAGACAUUUGUAUAUUUUCAAAUUCAUAGGAUUUAUACACCUCCUAAGGGUAGAUCAUCUUACUCCCUUUGCACCAAAAAUAGGUGCUGCUUCAAGGUCUGGUUGGUUGGAUUUUUUUCCUGAAGUGCAAUAUUUAUUUAUUUGGCUUUAACAAGACACAAUUGUUUCUUGUGUACAGCACUGAUGUUUUUAAAUAAGAGGAAUUCAAGAGUCACUAUCUUUUGUUUAAAUCUUGUAAGAUUUUGCACAGGUGUGCUAGUAUUGUACUGUAUAGCAUCACAUACUUGAGAUUUGGAAAUAAAAAUAUUGUUUCAGAA